GUGUGACCUCUGACCUGGCUAGGUAGAUCCUGAGGAAACAAAUCAUUUGACAUACAGAAAAAGCAAUGCCGCACAUAUUGUUCCAGUUUUACUCUGAAGAGGGAUGAGACCAAGGUCAUCAUAUGAUCUUGGCUCUUAAUCAUUCAACUUGAUAAUCAUAAAGACUUGAGAAAUUAUAAGUGUUACUCCAUCCUGGAGUGGACGUCCAUCAGAAAACCCACACCUUCAUAACUUAUUCACUUCAUUUUCAGGUGUGAUGGUGAAAGAGGAGAGUGAAGAACUAAAUGAAGAUGAGGAGAAACAUCAGGUCAAAAGUGAAGAAGAAACUCAAUCAGAGACUGAAGAUGAUAUUGUAAUGAAAGGUUUGACCUGUACUCUGUGUGGAAAGACUUUGAAGCACAAAUACACUCUGAAGAGUCACAUGAUGAUCCACACUGGAGAGAAACCUUACAAGUGCUCGCACUGCGACAAGAGAUUCAGUCAUUCAGUAUACCUGAAAUCACACGAGAGGAUCCACACUGGAGAGAAACCGUAUCACUGCACUGAUUGUGGGAAGAGUUUCAGGAAUGCAUCUGCUCUACGAAAACACAAGAAAUUCUACCACAAGCUGAUGAAGGAAAGUGAAGAACCGAGUAAAGCCAUGAAGGUCCAUCGUAGCGUUCCUAAAAAGGAGAAAUGUUAUUUCUGCUCUGAGUGUGGUAAUAGUUUUGCACAUGUGGCAAUUUUAAGACAACACCAGGUGAUUCACACUGUAGAGAAACCUUACAAGUGUUCAUAUUGUGACAAGACAUUUGGCAGGUCAGAAUGCCUGAAAGCACACGAGACGAUUCACACUGGAGAGAAACUAUUCACAUGUGCUCAGUGUGGGAAGAGUUUCAGACGAUUAUCCAACUUUCGACAGCACUUUAGGAUCCACACUGGAGAGAGACCACACAAAUGCGAUCAAUGCGGCAAAUCGUUUACGAGGCCUUCAGAUCUGAAGUACCAUCUCAGAGUUCAUACUAACGAGAAGCCUUAUUCAUGUCCUGUGUGUGGGAAGAGCUUUACACAGCAGUGCUUUUUAAAUGCACACCAGAAGAUGCACACAGGGGUGAAAGAGUUUGUGUGCUCGGUGUGUGGGAAGAGUUUCAUAAGAGCUGGAGAAUUGAAACUGCACCUGGUGGUUCACACUGGAGAGAGACCGUACGAGUGUUCACUCUGCGACAAGAGAUUCAGUCAGUUACAAGGCUUGAAGAUGCAUGAGAGGAUCCACACUGGAGUAAGACCACACAAAUGUGAUCAAUGCGGUAAAACAUUUAUUAGGCCUUCAGAUCUGAAGAAACAUCUUAAAGUUCAUAUAAACCAGAAGCCUUAAGGUAGAGGUCUGCAGCCGCGGGAUCUGACCAGAUUUCUUUCGGUGCAGGAAUAAAUUUCCGAAUAAAUCGCGGAAGCGGUCGGUAACUGGUGUAAUUUGAAUGGGAGUGGGCGGUCUAACAAUAUCGCUCCUGACUCCCGAGCGAGCGAGCACGCGGGAUGCUGUGUUGUCGCCUGUUUGUUGCUGCCUAUGUGUGUAAAUGAGAGAGAGAGAGAGAGCGUGAUGCUGUGUGUUGCUAGCUUGGUGCUGUCUAUGUGUGUGUGUAUAUGUGUAAUACUUAAACCCCCCUGUUAGCGGGAAUGGUUACGGCAGGUAGAAAACGGGGCAGGUCGGACAGCGGGACUACAAAUGCUGGAUAUCGGUCGGGUUCGGACUAAAACCUGGCGGAUUAAAAAAUUUUGUCCUGCGCAGAUGUUUACCUUAAGGUAGAGCUGUAAUCGAGUCAUAAAAGUUUGGCCUGAUAGGGCCCUAGCUCGACAGAAUUCGGCCCGAGCCCAACAAGUAAAUUUUGAUUGACAGCUUUUGAAAAGCCCGAACCCGUUUACAGCCCGACGUUAUUCAAAUGUGCACAUGCACACAGCUCUUUUG